AGAUUCAAGCAAUUGAAGGAGGUUUCAUGAACGACGAACAGAUCCGAAUACACGGCAUCUACCUUAAUGGGCGCCACUUCACGCUAAGUCGUCUGUCAGAGCAGCGCAUCAUGGUUGGUCGUGACGCAAGAUCAGGUCAUGGCUGCGUCGUGUACCGGUGCCGACAGUGUCUCGUGGUUGCGGUGUAUGAGGAAAGCAAUCACCCCGGAGGAUGUUUCAAUACAGUCGUGCAGUUAGGAGACUUUUUACUGGAGAACAAAUUAUAGACACAUUAGAACCAAAGUGCUGGACAACUCACGGAUACUUAAAACACAAUAAACAACUUUAGAACAGAUGAUAGACUCUUUAGAGCCAAAAUGGUGGAUAACUCACUGCUGGUGACUGGUGGCAUCAGUUUGUGUGAUAUGGCAGUGAUUAUAUAAUAUAUUACAAUUCUUUUCACACAGGAACAACAUUUAUCUACGUUUUUCUCUACGUUAUUUACUUUUUUAAAUUGUGAGAGCUUAAACGAAACGUCUGCAUACUAAAUGAGUCUUUGAUUAAUUGCCGCCUAAAUUCUUCACACCCAUUUGAUCACGUUUAGAUUAUUCCUGAGACUUGACAGCUUAAACCCAGGCUGAGUAGGACCCAGCA